UCUUCAUGGCGGCAAGGAAGGGGAGAUACCGAACGGAAGUUGACCCACUGCUGCGUCGUUACGAGAUGCCCGGAUCAUUAAGGGACGAGGAAGGAAUGUCCAUUCUACAUCACGUUGCCUCUGCGCGCACGGACGAUCAGAGACCCCUGUGGACGCAUGCAAAUAUUGAAAACUUUAUGAGGAACUACAACUGCAUUCCGAAUGCCGUCGACUACCAAGGUCGCACGUGUCUCCAUCUCUUGGCUGAAUAUGCCAUUACUUCAGAUAAAAGUGUCACUUGGGGCGAAGAAGAAUUCACUGUCACAGAGUCUUGGGUUUCUCUUGGAGAACUGUUGCUGCGUCUGGGCUGCGAUCCGAUGCGUGUGGACAAUUCCGACGGUUUUGUACUGGGUAGUGUCAAUAUGGCUCCCGUACCUUUCCAAAUGCACACCUGUGCAUUGUCUAAAUUUCUGCUGUGA